AAUUCCCCCCUCCCCCUCUCUUCCUUCAUUCCCUUGCACCCCAAUUCGGGGGGUAAGCCGAAACAGUAAAUUUGCACUCCCGUUUUGCACCCCCCUACUGUUCCAAAUUAACCAAACAGGUGCAAAUGUGUUGGAAACUGUAUUUACCCCUCACAUUUGCACCCUCCUCCCAUUUACCCCUCUUCCCAAACAGAGUGUAAGUGAGCGGGUUGGAGCCUUCUUCCGAAGAAGUGAUGUAAAAUUGUCACUCUCGACCGCUGGGGCAAUCUCCGCAUUGCAGCUGCAAGUGUAUGCGAUGAAAGAAAGAAUUGAUUUUUUGGAGCCAUCUAGGGAUGAUGAAGAAUCUGAGGUCGAAUUCCAACUUUUGAAAGAAGAUCUUAAAUCCUUGAAGCACCUCCUUGAAAGGUUGAAGACUGGGUUUAGUUUGACUUCUAUUGUCGAUGAUAUGAGGAGCGUUUUGUAUCCCUAUGAAGAUUGAGAAGGUACUUCAUCUUCAGCUUUAAUGGCCUUCUUCUACGCCCUUUUCUUCGUUGAUUUGUGUAUCAAAACACAAAUUUUCAGUCCAAAAACUGAAAAUGAGUUAGUUUAUAUAGAUCAUCAUUAAUAAUCAUGGACUAAGAAAUUAUGAUUAUGAGGUUAAUAAUGUUAACCAUGUUUUGACUUGCACAUAAGAUGCUGUAUGGAUUAUUACAAAUUAAGUUAAUAUAUGAGUUGUUGGAGUCACAUAGAAAUUUUAAUUUGAGAUUCAUUUUGUAAUCUUUUCUUUCGAUGUUCUCAUCAGCAUCUGUGGAGCUGUGGCAGCACUUGGAGGAGACCAAAAAAGAGAAGCAGACUUUGCCACUGUCUAAUCCAAAGACGAGCUCGAAGCAUCCUCCUAAGGAGACCUCUGAAGAUAUUGAAACCACUGCUCUAUUGUCUUCCAAUGCUGUCUGAAAAUUUAUCUCAGUCCAAGGAUAUAGACAGAACAGAGAGAGAGUAGAUAUAAGAAAAGUACCAACAGUAGCCUGCCCUUCAGUAUAUGCCUGAAAAAGGGACAUUUUCAUUGUUGGGAAUUUUGUUCCGAGUGAAGAAAAAAUCAUGUAUAGUCUGUUUUACAUAUUUUUUCACAGUAGCUAUCACAAAGUUCCUCAAAUCAUGCUUAUCUCUGUUGGAGCUUUUUUAAUGCUUUCUGAACUUUUGAACCUCUGUUGGGCUAAGGGAUAUAAUUACUGGAAAGCAAAUGUCGAGAUUGUGAUCUCAUGAUGUUAUGUUCUAUAAUCCGUUUUGACAUACAUCCAGAAUGGUGUUAUAUCGAGGCUCCUUGUACUAAUCUGCAUGUUUCUUCUGAAGUCCCUGAAGGCAAAGGUGUUUCUUCUUCUGCCUCUGUGGAAGUCGCAAGCAUAUCCGCCAUUGCUGCUGCUCAUGGAUUGAGCAUCAGCCCAAGGGAUAUUGCGCUUCUCAGCCAAAAGGUUAGCUAUUAUGCAUUCUCAGCCAAAAGCAUCUGUGGAGCUGUGGUAGCAAUUGGAGGAAUGUCGGUUUACACUUCGCUCAACUUGAAGGAGACCAAAAAAGAGAAGAAGAUGUUGCCACUGUCUAAGCCAAAGACGGAGCUCGAACCAACUCCUUAGGAGACCUUUGAAGAUAUUGAAUCCACUGCUCUAUUGUCUUCAAAUGCUGUCUGAAAAUUUAUCUCAGGCCAAGGUUAUAGACAGAUGAGAGAGAGUAGAUAAGAAAAGUACUAACAGUAGCCUGCCCUUCAGUAUAUGCCUGUAAAAGAGACAUCUUCAUUGUUGGGAAUUUUGUUCCUAGUGAAGAAAAAACCAUGUGCAGAAUUAUUCACAUAUUUUUUGAGAGUAGCUACCACAAAGUUCCUCAAAUCAUGCUUAUCUCUGCAAUUGAAAUCAUAAUGGUUAAAAUCAUUCUGCACUUAUAAGCAAGCUAGAACUUGGAUUUCGACAUCAAAGUAGUAUAGAACUUGAACCAAAUAAGGAUGCUCAUAAUUGACAGAAUUAGAAGAUGCUAGAAUAAAGCAGAAACAAAGCUCCAAUUCGCAUUAAUACGUCCUAUUACAGUUGUAUAAUAGCUCUUUGUUCCCCAAAAUUUCAUAUACAAGUGAGAUAUUCUGAAAAGGAAAAUUUGGUUAAUCCCACCUAUCCUCAGCUUCUUAAUAACUAACUCCUCUCUGUGGCAGGUAUCUCAAUGAAUCACCAAGGAAAGACAAAAAAGAAAACAUCAGAAUGAUU